AGCGGUCGGGCCGGGCCGGAGCCAUGGCGGGCGCGGGGCGGCUGGAAGAGCUGGAGCUGAGCGCCGAGGAGGCGGAGCGGCUCCGCCGGGCCUUCCACGACAAGCAGUUCCAGGAGCUCUUCGCCGACUACGCGGCGGAGCUGGCCGACCCGGAGCAACGUCGGUUGUACGAGGAAGAGGUGGCGGCCCUGGAGAGGGAACGCGGCGUGGAGGUGCGCUUCGUCCACCCCGCGGCGGGCUACGUGCUGCGCACCAGCCAGGCCGGCUCCCGCCGCUGCUACCUCAACGUCUGCAGCAACCCGCAGGUCGGCCCGCCGCAGGCCCGCGCCGAGCCCGGCGGCCACCGCUGGACCCUACCCUACAGCCUGGCGCCGGGCCGCGAAGAGUUAGGCCGCGGCGGCCGCCGCCGCCUGGUCUACGACGUGGUUUUCCACCCGGCGGCCCUCCGCCUGGCCGCCCGCAACGCCCGCUUCCGCCGCCUGCUCAGCGACACGGCGCUGGAGGCCGUGGAGCGCCAUUGCGCCGUGCAGCUCGACCGCGCCAACGCCGCCGUCCUCCGCGGCACCAAGUACAAGGGCGUCCCGCAGGCGCCCGUCAUCCGCACCCCGCUGCCCGGCGCCCCCGCCUCGUCGGCCCGGCCCCCCGGCCCCACCACGCCGCGCUGGAGCAUCCGCCACCGCUCCUACGUGGACCUGCAAGACUACCGGUGCUGCCGCGAUUCGGCGCCUAGCCCGGUGCCGCGGGAGCUGGUGGUGACGGUGGAGCUGCCGCUGCUGAGCUCCGCUGCCCAAGCCGCGCUGGAGAUCCGCGGCCGGGAGCUGCGCCUCGACUCGCAGCGUCCCGCCUACCGCCUGCGCCUCCGCCUCCCCUACGACGUGGACGAGAACCGCGGGCGGGCCGCCUUCAACAAGGCCCAGCGGCAGCUGUUGGUCACGCUGCCCGUGGUGCCGCGGCCCGGCCCGCAGGAACCGCUAGGCCCGGGCGGGGAGCGGCUGGAGGAGGCCGAACCCGCUGCGGAGGGCGCCAGCCCCGAGCCGGCUGCGCUCUGCGGCCUCGGCGAGGGUCUCCCUCCGUCCCCGCUCGAGAGCCCGGUCCUGCCGGCGGUAGAGGGCAGCCCCGGUGGGAUGGCUCUUCCCCGGGGCUCCGGCAGCCCCGAGGCCGCUGUGUGCCCUCCCUUCCAGUGCCGGCAGGAUGAGGCCUCCCUCACCCUGCUCCUGCAUGUGCCCGGCAUCCAGCCCCAGAGCCUCAGCGGGGAUGUGGGCACGAACCAUUACAGCCUCCGCUUCUCCAGUGACACUGGCGCCUAUGCCCUCUUCUUACAGUUUCCUCCUGCAAACAGGCUGGCGUCCCCCGAGACCAGCAUUAGCGUGUCUGCCCACAACGCUGCCGUUGGGCUUGCCAAGGCCCCCGACAGCACCGGGCCCUGGGAGAAGUUCUGCUUCGGCCUUGACGCCUCAGCUCUGCAGGAAAGAUUGUUUGUCAGUGAAGAAAACGUCGUUGGAUUUCUAGGCACUGUUUUACGCCCUCCCUUUUGCUCCCAAUCAGCACUGGAAAGUCAGCCAUUAAUUGAAGUGCUUGAUGUUACUGAGGACAGAAUUCAAAUCAGGUUGAAGCCGCAGGAAGCAGUCCAUUCUGAACAUGAUGGAAAAGAAGAAACGCUUAGCAGCUCAGGAGGAGAUCUCACUGAAAAGACAAAUGGCAACUACCCCCAAACAAAUGCAGAAACAAACUGUACUGCAGCUGACAGAGCCGAAGGAGAACAUGCUGCAGAAACCAACAAAACUUCCACAUCUUUUGCAACAGCUGAAACAAUAGGAAAAGUAGGUUGUAGUUCACACCAUUGUUUGCAGCAUGAACCUUCUGACACCAGUUCAGCGAUUCCUGGCGUAUCUAGGAGAAAAGAACCAGAUUUAGAAAGUGCCGUCACAGUAAGUGAAAUGGCUGUGGCCACAGACUCUGGAAAACAAGCAGGCCUUCUGUUGGAGGGGCAGGCGAAAGCGGAAGGGGAUGAAGCUGGUGUGCCCACAGGGUCAGCACAAGGGAACCAGCGCAGCCCGGACAGCAGGCCAGCCUCCCCGCUCCUGCAAGAAGUGAACACGCAGGAUGGGAGUGUGCAGAUCAUUAGGGAUCAUGUAACGCACUGCCCGGUCGUCUUUCAGAAUUCUUUGCUGUAUGAAUUGGACUAGUUUUAAUUAUUUUAGAAUUUCCUUCUGUUGUUUGAUGCUUACCACGACUUCCACAUGCUGGUUUAUGACUUCAGGGCUAAGAGUAGAACACAGGUGCCUACUGAAACUGUUUUGUUUACAUGUCAAGACAGAAUACUUACAUUGUUAAUAAUUUUUGAAGUUAAUAGGUCUGAGUUUUCUAAUCAUAUGUAUGGGCUGAAAUAAUUUUACGUACAAGAAAGAU